ACGUGUCUUUGUGUUGUGUGCGUUGAACCAUAAGGCGCCGCUUGUAAACAAAACCAGCGGUGUUUACUUACUAGUGGUUUAAAGAAUCUUAACCCCUUACUAUAUAACCCAACCAGUGUUUUCCAUUUCAACUCAUCGAUCAAAUUUUCUCUCUCAUUAUUGAAUUGAAGUUUGUCUCUGUUCUUUCUGUGAUUAAUCAUGUCUAACACUGCUGGUCAAAUCAUCAAGUGCCGAGCUGCGGUUGCAUGGGAGGCAGGGAAGCCAUUGGUGAUUGAAGAAGUGGAGGUUGCGCCACCUAAGGCCGGUGAAGUCCGUUUGAAGAUCCUCUACACCUCACUUUGCCACACCGAUGUUUACUUCUGGGAAGCCAAGGGCCAGACUCCAUUAUUUCCUCGGAUAUUUGGUCAUGAAGCUGGAGGGAUUGUGGAGAGUGUAGGAGAGGGAGUGACUCAUCUGAAACCAGGUGACCAUGCCCUCCCUGUGUUCACCGGAGAGUGUGGCGAAUGCCCUCACUGCAAGUCGGAGGAGAGCAACAUGUGUGACCUUCUCAGGAUCAACACUGACAGGGGUGUCAUGAUCCAUGAUCAAGAAUCAAGAUUCUCCAUUAAGGGAAAACCAAUUUACCACUUUGUUGGGACCUCCACAUUCAGUGAAUACACUGUGGUUCAUGCUGGAUGUGUUGCAAAGAUCAACCCUGAAGCACCACUUGAUAAAGUUUGUGUUCUCAGCUGUGGAAUCUGCACAGGUCUUGGUGCCACUAUCAAUGUUGCAAAACCAAAACCUGGUUCUUCUGUUGCUGUUUUUGGACUCGGAGCUGUUGGUCUUGCUGCUGCUGAAGGGGCAAGGAUUUCUGGUGCAUCAAGAAUCAUUGGGGUUGAUUUAGUUUCCAGCCGAUUCGAAUUAGCCAAGAAGUUUGGGGUUAAUGAAUUUGUAAACCCAAAAGAUCAUAACAAACCUGUACAAGAGGUAAUUGCUGAAAUGACCAAUGGAGGUGUGGAUCGUUCUGUUGAAUGUACUGGCAGCAUCCAAGCUAUGAUCUCAGCAUUUGAAUGUGUCCAUGAUGGUUGGGGUGUUGCUGUUCUUGUUGGUGUGCCAAGCAAAGAUGAUGCUUUCAAAACUCAUCCUACAAACUUCUUGAAUGAGAGGACUCUCAAGGGUACCUUCUAUGGUAAUUACAAACCCCGAACCGAUCUUCCUAAUGUUGUGGAGAAGUACAUGAGAGGGGAGUUGGAACUUGAGAAAUUCAUCACUCACACUGUUCCGUUCUCAGAGAUUAACAAGGCUUUUGAUUUGAUGCUGAAAGGAGAGGCCAUCAGGUGCAUCAUUCGGAUGGAUGAAUAAGCUUAACAGUGAGAAAAUUGUCCCUGAUAGGGGACGGUUCUCUUUCAGAGAAAAAGAAAAAAACAAAAAUAAACGUCUUUUGUAAUCCCUUUUAAAAGUUAUCGAGUUUGUGGAGUUUGAUUUUGAAUGUAGAGAAUGAAUGAUAGGCCUUUUCCUACUGCCAUUGUGUAGUUUCUGUUUCUGAUAAAUAAAAAUAUUGUUGUCAAA